CUGUUUCAACAGGCUCAAUAUCCUCAUCCGUUCAGGUUAGAUUUAUUCAAAACAUAAAUAACUACAAGUAAAACUUAAUCGCGUUUUGACAUCGAAAGUGGAAGCGAAUCAAGAAUGACAUCAUUCGCAAGCAAAGCAUUCAGCCACCACGGCUAUGCAGCAUUUCGUCCCAGCUACCCUAAUCAUCUCUACUCUUUAAUAUUUUCAUUCCACAAUGGCCCUUCAUCGCUGGCACUGGAUCUCGGAACCGGUCAUGGCCUGGUAGCCCGGUAUCUCAGUCCACACUUCGACCGAGUCAUCGGCAGCGAUCCAUCAGCAGGAAUGAUCCAGGAAGCAAAGAAUUUAUCUUCCGAGUACACAAAUAUCAGCUUCCAUCAGGCAUCCGCAGAAAGGUCAGACUUUGUUAAUGAUAAUUCCGUCGACCUGGUUGUCGCCGCACAAGCCUCCCACUGGUUCAACUACGACUCUCUCUGGCCAGAACUAAAACGAAUCGUUCGACCUGGGGGCACACUCGCAUUCUGGGGCUAUAAAGACCACGUCAUGGUAUCGCAUCCCAAAGCGACGGCACUAAUCAACCACUACGCCUACGAUCACGAUCCAUGGCUGAUGGGCUCGUACUGGCAACAACCAGGACGGAGUAUUGUGCAGCAGAAGCUCAGAGCCGUACAGCCACCACCGCAGGAUUGGAAUGAUAUCACGCGGUUGGAGUAUGAGCCUGAGACUGGGGAGGGGACGAGGUUUAUGCAGGCUAAGAUGAAGCUCGGCACGAUGGAAGAGUAUAUUCGGACGUGGAGUGCGUUUCAUGCGUGGAAGGGGAGAUGGCCGAAUAGAAAACGACGGGCUGUUGAUGGUGAUGGGGAGGGGGAUGUGAUUGACGAGUUGAUGGAUAGGAUUCGGGAGGAAGAGCCUGAGCUUCGUGGUGAGGGUGUUGAGGGGGGUUGGAGGGAGGUCGAGGUGGAUAUUGAAUGGGGGAGUGCGUUGAUUAUGGCGAGGAAGAAGCAGUAACUGGCAGAUAUGAUGUAUCUGGAGGAGUAUAAAUGACAUCAGGGUGAUUCGUAUAUACAAAAAUCAUAAAACUUCAAAAUUGCAAGAAGACACCUAUAACCACUCACCACCCCAACCAUGC